UGCUCCUCCACUUCACCGCUUCCUCACACGACCUGAGCGGGUAAUUGCGCCGGCGGCUAUCUGGACUGGAGCGGCCGCCUCCACCUCCGCCUCCACCUGAGCGGCUCACGGUUACCCGACCUGUCCCACCCCAGCUCCUCGCCGCGAAUGCUGAGACGGCGGAAACCGACCGCGCUUCCGUACGCCACCGCCGAUCGACAAUGAAACCCCCGCCCGCACUCCCCUGGAUCUCCCCACUGCAGUACCGAAGCCCCGCCCGCGGCGCGCCGCCCUCCCCACCGCCUCCCGCGCCUCCACCCCCUCCCACCCGGCCGCCGCGGUACCUCCACCACCCAGAACUCGCGCGCCUCAUCGCGUCCUCCCCGUCCGCGCAGCGCGCGCUCGACCUCUUCAACGCGGCCUCCUCCCAGCGCGGCUUCUCCCACACGCCGGCCACCUUCUCGGCGCUCCUCGUCCGCCUCGCGCGCGCGCGGCUCCCGCGUGCCGCCGCCGCCGUGCUCCGCCGCACCGCCUCCGAGCCCUGCCGGUUCCAGGAGCCGCAGUUCCUGCCGCUCGUCCGCCUCCUCCCGCCCGACCACGCGCUCGCGCUCCUCCGCUUCCUGCCCGCGCUGCUCCGCACGAGCCGCGUCUCACACAAGGCGCUCGCCGUCUGCCUCGACCGCCUCGUCUCCUCCCGCGGCUGCCACGGCGUCCUCGAUGAACUCCUAUCCGACCUGCGUGACCCUCGGAACAAGUACCUUCCAAGGCCUAACACAUGCGUCUACAACAUCCUCAUCAAGCACUUUGUCAGAAUCGGCGAAUUGGAGACCGCCUUCAAAGUGCUCGACGAAAUGCGCGAGUACACUUGCGCUGACGUGAAGCCAAACUUGGUCACCUAUUCAACAUUGAUCGCUGGGCUCUGCCGUGGGGGUAAGAUGAUGGAAGCGUUUGAGCUAUUUGAGGAGAUGAUCGAGAAGGACCGCAUUGUGCCAGAUCAGCUGUUGUACAAUGUGAUCAUCGAUGGAUUCUGUAGACUGGGGCAGGUGGAUAAGGCUCGUGCAAUCUUUGGAUUUAUGAAGAAGAACGAUUGUGAGCCCAAUGCCUUCAAUUAUGCAACGCUGAUUAAUGGGCAUUGUAAGAAAGCGGACAUUGAGGCAGCGAGAUCUGUGUUUGAGGAGAUGAGGAAUGCUGGCGUGGAGCCAGAUGCUGUGAGCUACACUGCACUGAUCGGCUGCCUUUGUAGACAUGGAAGUGUGGAUGAGGCCAUCAAUCUUGUUUUGGAGAUGAAGCAGAAGGGAUGUAGGGCUGAUGUCGUCACAUACAAUCUGGUGAUUGAGGGGCUGUGUAGAGAUGGGCGGACCGUGGAAGCGAUGGACCUGCUUGAGAGCGUGCCGCUGGAAGGAGUUAAGUUGAAUGUCGCGAGCUAUCGGAUCUUGAUGAACUGCUUGUGCUCCCGUGGGGAGAUGGACAAGGCAGUUGGCUUGCUGGGAUUGAUGCUUGGACGAGGGUUUCUACCUCACUAUGCAGCGUCAAACAACCUAUUGAUUGGCCUAUGUGAUGCUGGGCGCAUAGCAGAUGCUACGAUGGCAUUGUAUGGGUUAGCUGAUGCAGGCUUCAUGCCAGAGGCUAGAUGUUGGGAGAGGCUUGUGGAGACUAUGUGCCGGGAGAGAAAGCAAAGGAGAUCCACUGAGCUACUAGAUGUCUUGGUUGGUGUAGGUUGAGGUCUUGAGGAAAGGAACUGGAACUCACAGCAGUGUAUCUGAACCCAUUUGCACUAAGGAUUGAAUUGAUGUUUAUCACAAUGAAGAGAAGACUGCCAGGCCCUACUGGAGACAGCAACCAACAGGGGCACAGGGCCUGACACAAACUUCUCUUUCAGAACAAGAGUUGUCAUUGGAGAUGUAGUCCAGGAUGAGGUGCCGCCGUAGGAUCUGGCAAACAGACUUCUGCUGGGGAAGGUGAUCUUCAGCAGAACCAUUUUUGCUACAAAAAAGCUUCAUCAGGGCUGGCGAUCGAGCCGGUUUGGACUGAAACCACAACUACCAAAAGAGUCCUAUUUUAAUAGGAAGUGAGCGUGACUUCUUUUGACAGUUAAAAUAUUUCCCUGUUUUUUUUCUACUACUAUCUGGCCCUAGUGCUAAUUGUAAUUGGAUCCUUUUUUGAGGUAACACAGGCAUGGUCCAUGAUU